UACCACUUGUCAGAUCAGCAUCAGAAACAUUAACUUGAUGUAAAUGCAACAUCUUACAGCUUCAAAAUAUUAAAAACUAUAUAGAUAGAUUUUUCAAAGUUACAGGGAGCUGAGGAAACAAGUUUGUACAAAAAGAAGGACUUGGACAAUUGGAGGAAAAUUUGGAGUCGGGGCAAAAUGGCAGAACAACCGAUCAUCACCAAGGUGUUUAAUGAUCCCAUCCAUGGUAGCAUAGAGUUACACCCACUCCUCAUCAAGAUCAUUGACACACCUCAGUUCCAGAGACUUCGAUUCAUAAAGCAGCUUGGAGGUGCCUACUUUGUUUACCCUGGAGCGUCUCACAACCGCUUUGAACACUCGAUCGGGGUGGGAUACUUAGCAGGAAAACUUGCUGAGGCUCUCAGGUCAAGGCAGCCGAGACUCGAUAUCGAUGACAGAGACGUCCUUUGUGUUCAGAUUGCUGGCCUCUGUCAUGACCUGGGUCAUGGACCCUUUUCCCAUCUGUAUGAUGGAAUGUUCCUCCCCAAAGCACUGGAAAAAAAAAAGAAAUGAGAAAAAUGGGAAAUUGGGAGAAAU